AUGUGGACGCUCAUAGCAUUUGCCCUACACGCCGUCCUCCUGAUGGGAAGAUCGGAAGACUUACCGUCCAAAGUGCCCGAUAUGCUUCUAAACAAAAGUUUGAUAGACAUCCUAAACUACAACUUCAACGUCAAUGAUGUCAUGGGCAUAUUCGAGAAGAUAUUUAAAAACAGUGUGGACGAUUUCAAGAUUGAGGAGGAGAAUAACGAGAUGAAGAAUGUGCAGUUUAAGAAGUACAACUUUGACAAGGAGAAUUAUAAUUUUAUGUAUUCCUCUUUUAAGGACUACUGCCUAGACGAAGUUGCAGACAUCGAAAAGUGCAGAAAAUACGCCGACAAAGACUACAUAGCGAACGUCUUCAAAGAUAUCGAUAGCAAUUUUUACUCCCGAUUUUACAAAGAAAUAAACCAACUGAAGCACUACAUUUUCGAAAUAGGGAAACUGCUAAAAAGGAGAGACGAGCUGAACAACCAAAUUAAUAACACAUUGAAGAGAAUUAAAAAUACGAAAGGAUCGGUUAACAAAACAAUGACGAAGAAGGCGAACACGGCAUUGCCCCUCAUUCGAUAUUUUGAAGAAAUGUCCUACAACUUAAAGCAUGAAAAUAAAAGCUUAAGUUACUACGACAUGAUGGUACAAUACGGAAACGAAUUAAACGCCAUUAUAAAAAAUGCACUAGUCGAGUACGUAUACAUGUACAGACAAACAAAGACGUACCAAAAGAAGAUUGAAAAGUAUAUGGAAAGAAAUGCUAGGAUCCUUUCCAAGAUGCACAAGAAAAUUAUUCUGAGUAUUUUUUACAUGAUUUCUGAUAUGAACAAAACAAAUGCAAAAAUAGACAACUUGAUAAAUAAAAAAGUCAAAGAAUUUAACGAAUGGGUCAAUUAUGAAAAUGAAAACUAUGUGAAAAAACUAAAAAAACUUAAAUCCAAAAUUGAAUUUAAUUUAGAUGAUAUUAAUGAGCAUAUAGACCUCUCCAAGGAACAACUAGAGCAAAAUGAAAUCGCCUUUAUAAAUAUGAGCAAAUAUUUAACCUUCCAAAACCCCACCAAGACGAUCAGAUCCAUCAUGCAUUUGCUCAACAAUAAAUUCUCAAAGGAUGUAAAUGUAAUUUUUCUCUACAAUGAAGAGUACAUCGAUUUCUCUUUGGAGAAAAUGAUGGAAGUCCCUGAGCCUUGCAAAGUGAGCAUCGACUCCAAGUCGACAGAUAACUUUAACUUUGCUCAUUUGGACUUUAUGGAAACGUCCAAAUACGAACAAAUGCUCAGCACCGCGAUCUUCGAACAAGACGAUUUAAAGCAUAUAGAUAAGAAAAAAAUUCAUAACAUUAUUAGUGAAAUAUUUCACCAAGACAAGAAACUUGACACCGAGUACUGGAUUAAGGAAAAGGAAUUUGAGGACGUCAAAAGUAAAAUUUCUUUUAGCGAUCUGAAUAAUGAGAUACAGGUCUACACGGACGAAAUGGAGAAAAGCAUCAGCACGACUAAGGACCAUUACGUUUUCAAACCCACCAUUAAAAGGUACAUUUCUAGUGUUAGGAAUCUCUUUAAGAACCCCAUUUUUUACUUUAACAAGUAUAUUUACUCCUUCCAGAAGAAUUUCGACUCGCCUCCGAACGAAACGAUCGGUGCAGUCGUCAGCAUCCCGAUUAAGACCGCGGAAGAUGAGGUGAAGGAGGCUGCGGGGAAGCCGCCGAGUGGCGAAGUCAUGGCGAGUGGAAAAGUCAUGGCGAAUGGAGAAGUCAUGGCUAGUGGAGGACCCGCGGAAAGUAUGGAAAUAGGUGCUAUCCAGAUUGACGAACCCAAGGCAGAAGCAACGGGGAUAGCAGUCACAUCCCCGAUUGACGACACAAAUGUAAUCAGACACUACUUGGAGAGUGACGACGAAAAAGGGACGAACACUUCUCUGGAAGACGGGCCAUUCAGUGAACUAGCGAGGGAGUUAGAAAACGAUAUAGACACUGAAUUAGAAGCGGAGCUUGAAACAGAGUUGACCGACGCCGAAUUACAAGUACACCUAGAAAGGAAACCCCAAAGUGAGUUAGAACCCGAGUUUGAAAUCGACGUAGGAACAAAGCCUUUGGGGGAACAAGGAAAUGAAGAUGCCUUUUCGAAUGAAAUGGAGGUCAUGUUGGUAAAUAAGGAUCAUAAGGGUGACAUGGGGGAUGAGAAAGAAGUAGAGGAAGCAAGCUGGGAAUAUGCAAGUGGGCGCGAAAUGGAGCGCCAAUGUGAGGAUGAACAAGGAAAUGAAAUUGAAGUGCAAAAGGAGGGCGAAGGCGAAGAGGAGCACAUGGAGGAUCUCUAUGGCAUGAGUGAUAAGUUUAUUGAGGUUGAAGAGAGGAAAAGUGAUGUUGCAGAAGGUAGAGGCAAGAAGGGGGAAGGUGAAGAGGAUGAUAAGGAGGACCAUAAAGGGGAGGGUAAAGAGGAAGAAAAGGAGGACCAUAAAGGGGAGGGGGAAUAUAAAGAGGACGAAAAGGAGGACCAUAAAGGGGAGGGUAAAGAGGACGAAAAGGAGGACCAUAAAGGGGAAUAUAAAGAGGAAGAUAAGGAGGAUGACCUGGAGGAUGAAGAGGAGGAAGAAAGUGAAGAGGAAGAGGAAGACGAAGAUGAUGAUGAUGAAGAAGAAGAAGAAGAAGACGAGGACACCUAUGACGAUGAACAUGAUUAUACCUAUGGAAACGAUAGUUCAAGAAAAUAUGAUGGCCUAAUUAACGAAAAAAAUAAACAGCAUUUGUCCAUUUUCCAGAGCGCAAGUAUGAAGUAUCUCUGGAGAAUACCAAUUAUUAAUGGGCUCUAUAAGGAGUGCAGCGAAAAUAAAAAUGACUGUGUGGCGAAAAAGGACAUAGAAGUGAUUGACAUUUACGAAAUAGAAGAAGAAGAGUUGGAAGAAAUAUACGAGGAUUUUCUCAACUUAAGUUAUGAAGAUUCUCUAAAAAGGAUUAAGGAAAAGAUUUUUUAUGCUGUACCAGACAUGGAGUAUCUUGCAAAAGCUUUGAAAAUACACAAAAAAAAUAAGGAAGCAAAUAAGGAGAGGAAUUUCUUUUACGAUACGCUGUAUGGAAAUGAUUACCUAUUUAUCAAGUCCAAGGGCGUCAAUGUGGAGACGUUCAUUUAUCCCUAUUUCGAGACGUUGAAUUUGCAGCUGAGUGAGAUAAAGACGUGCACGAAGGAGGAUUACUACGGCUGCAUGAAGCGAUACAUCAGGAGCAAAAUGAAGAACCGCACCCCGGAGGAGAAGAAGGCUAGUGACCAUUCGGAUGGCAAAGUGGACGGUAAAGCGGUCGGCGAACCAAGCGACGUGUUGAGUGAAAAAAUCCUGUUCGUGUACCUGGGGACAUUCAAAGACGAAGUGUUCAAAUUGCCCAAGUCCAAAAUCGCAGACGACCUAAAGAACGCCCACCUGAAGCAGUUCCUGGACAACCCCAAUGACUAUCACUUUUUUAACAACUUUUUAAUGAAAAAAUAUGAAGAGGAGUACUAUUUCUUCCAAAAGUUGAAGGUGUACACGGUGUACCAUUCCAAAUAUAAAAACUCAAUUAUGUACGGAAUUGACUUCAACUUUUAUGUUUCCUACUUUCCCAAAGAAGACAUACAAUAUUUGCCCCUAUCGUACUACCAUGACUCCAUCAUAUAUUUCAAGGUAGUGCUGGCCACGUCCAAGUAUGGGUACCGCGAAAUUGUCCCUAUCGAUGAUGAAAUUAUAAAGUUUGGAUUAAUGCUUUCUUUAGAUAAUAAAAAUAAGAAUGUUCAUUAUUUAAUUCAAUCGGAAGUUACCAAUGACACGAACUAUGACUUACUGAAGAACAAAACGGGGGUCGUCAAAAUUUAUGAAGUGUCUUAUGAAAAUCUCAAACUGCAACUGGUAAAUAAAAAAUACAAAGUUCAAGUAACAGAAACGAUGAAAAUUAUUCUGCAGAAGGAAGUUACCUUUAACUAUAAUAAAAAGAGAACACACGAUUACAUUGACAAAUUUUAUGACAAGAUUAAUAAAAUUAUGAAAAAUAACAUGAACCUGGAAUUGUUCCGUAAAACCUUUUAUGUUCAUUUGCAGAAAACGUGA